ACCAGCCAUAAGCCAAUCAGCUGAUUGGGCUGAAAUUUGUUUAUUUUUUCGCAUUAUGCGUAUUUACAACUCAUAAUCAGCAUAUAUAAUGCGUUGUGCUGUGAGAUAUUGUGGCAAUAACAAUCGAAAUGGCAAUAAAAGUAAUUGGCGUUACUUUCACUUUCCGAAAGACAAGCAACAGCUCAAAAAAUGGAUAGAAUUCUGCGAGCGCGACAUAACAAACACAACGACAGCCUGCAUCUGUAAUGAGCAUUUUACACCGGAAGAUUUUGAGCGAAAUAUGCAAUAUGAGCUCGGUUUUACACGCAAGAAUCCAACAAAAUUAAAGCCUGGAUCCUGUCCUAGCAUACAUGGACCACAGACUAAGCAGUUACUCAAUAAUUCUAAGGGUAAACGUAACAGUUGUAAAGAGGAUACACGAACUGCCCACUCAAGUGGUUUCCUGAAUGAGAAGGAGGAGGAGGACGAGACUUCCAAAACUCCACAACUUGAGCAAGAGGGUGAAGCUGAAAACGGGAACACUCUUUACCAAAACUAUGAAAUGAUAGAGUAUAUUAGUGAAUCCGAUGAGUAUACAAGUGUACAGCCAACUGAUGAAGUGCGUCGAAUUGAGCUCGAAAUUAUUGAUCCGCUUAAUCCUCAAACAAAUGCUGAAGACCAUAUAGAGAUUAUCGAUUCGGAGGGUGACAGCUACGCGAGGCAUUUAGAAUGCGAAGUGAGCAGCCUUAAGCGUCAGGUUUUCUUCUUGAAAGAUGAACGUAAAAAACUGAUCGAUGAGAUCCAAAGUCUCAGAGCAACAGUUCGAAACGCUAGACUAAAGCACGAUGCCUUGGAGAGCCCGAAUCUUUCCAACAGUAAAAUGAUUUCAAAAAGCAAACACAGACCUCCAAUGAAGAAGACAGUCAUGCUAUACACAGCAAAUAUUGAUACCAUCAGAAAACUACGAAAGAUAAACAAAACGACUGAAUAAAAUUAGCUCAAAUAACUAAAAUUUAUA